AUCUCCCUGCACUCCACAUCUCCACGGCGGAAGAAAUAACACCCAUUGAUCCGUAACAUCAUCGUCGCCUUCAAGGUGCGUACAAAGCUGUCAGAAUGCAACUAUUUGUGAAGAGCCCCACCGGCAGGACAAUCUGCCUCAAGGUCCACCCAUCAGAUACACUCUAUACUGUCAAGGCAAAGAUUCAGGAACAACACUGCCUUUUCUUUGAUGGAGUGCAGCUAGAGGACAACCUUACACUGGCUGAUUAUGGCAUCCAGCAUAAGUCCACGCUUGACCUCCAAGAAAGUAUGCAAAUCUAUGUAAUGGAGACCCUAGCAGGCAGGACCAUCACUCUUCAGGUUGAUAGCUUAGAUACCAUUGACGAGGUGAAGUCCAAGAUCCAGGCUAACGAGGGCUUUCCCAAGGGUCGGCAGUGCCUCAUCUUUGCCAACAAGCAGCUGGAGGACGACAGCACCUUGGCAGACCUCAACAUUUGGAAGGAGUCCACUCUCCUCCUCGUCCUCCACCCUGCCAAUACAGGAGGUACGAUGCCCAUCUUCGUGAGCACCACGGAAGGAAAGAGACUCCGUCUUCAGGUUGACAGCUCAGAUACCAUCGACGAUAUCAAGGUGAAGAUCUAUGAGGCGGACGGCACUCGCCCGAUACAACAACGCAUCAUCUAUAAUGGCAAGCGGAUGAGGGACGAGUGCACCCUUGCAGACUACGACGUUCAGAAGGAAGAUACUCUACAUGUGGUCCCCUGCCUUUGUGGUUGCUGAGAUCAGUGAGAUGAAUUUCAUUCGACGAGCCUUCUUUCUUCCAGUAGUCUUAUUUCUAGUGGAUUUAUCACUAAAACUAUUGUUGCAGUCGUUCUUUCCUGGCAGAU